AUGGGAAGUGCCGCACAGUUCGUAGCUCAGGCGAUUAUUUUCUUUACCUGGAUCAUUAUUCUUUUUAGAGAGCAUAUUGACAUUCCACCACAGCUUCUAUACGGUGGGCCCCAUUUACUGAUCAGUUCUUCUUCUGUACUCCCCACCCAAGACUGCAUCAAAUCAUUUCUUGUUUCGGGUCUUUGCCCCAUGAUACUUAAACAUCCCGUUAGCAUCUGGUUCUCCUCAGUUUUCGUGUUAUAUUACAUCAUUCCGCCCAUACCACCCAUGCCGCCCAUAUCAGGCAUAGCAGAUGCAGCGUGCUCAAGUGCAGAACGCGUUACUUUAGCAGGCGUUAGAUACGAUUUGACGAAGUGGCGCUUCGAUCGCACGACGAAGGAUGUUCACACCUACAGUUUGGUCAUCAUUUGCACCAACAAGACCGUCAAGUACUUUAGCUGCACGUACCAACGCAACACCACCACCUGCAACAACACCUUCUUCAACCGCAGCACGCGUUGCAUGAAGCGCAUCGUCUACGCGGUCUUUCUUCUCUUUCAUUUCAACUUCAGUUGCAGCACCAAUUUUGAUUACAGCAACACCGCCAGCGAGUUUAGCUACGCGCUCUUGAAGUUUUUCUUUAUCAUGUUGAUUCUUCGAUUUGAGCACGAAUUUGAGUUACACGUUCAGCAAUUUGAUUUGCAUCACCAGCACCAUCAACAAUCACAACAUGCCCACUUCUUCAGAAAUCACAGUAGCACCUGUCAAGAUCGCGAUAUCUUGAAGCAUUGCUUUACGACGAUCACCAAAACCAGGUGCUUUAACCGCACAUACUUUGAUAAUACCGCGCAUAUUGUUUACAACCAGUGUUGCAAGUGCUUCACCCUCAACAUCUUCAGCGAUGAUGAUAAUCAAUUCACGGAUAUUACCAAUUUUCUUAUCAACAAGAAGAAUGAAUGGAUUUUCAAGUUCAGCAGUCAAAUACGGGCUGAUAUAACCACGGUCAAACUGCAUACCCUCUACAACAUCAAGCGCAUCUUCAAAGCCUGA